CCUACUCAUCAGUAUGGGCAUCAAAGCAUAUGUGAGCUGCACUGUGUUAUAUGUCCUCCUAGAUGUUGUUGUCACUACUGUCCUAUACGCACAUGGAUCACACUUUAACAUAUUCACAAAGGAUGCUCUGGACUUCAGCAUCCUCCAUUCGUCACUGGACCUCUGGGGGACUGUGCUGCUCCGGGGCUCCCUGCUCCUUGGUGCUUCCAUAGGGGUGUCAUGGAACAGAGAGGACGGCCCAUCCAGGGUCACUAAACUCGCCACCCUGAUUAUCCUAAUCUGCAUGAUAGUCUUCACGUACACUCUGGCCAAGCUUCUGAUGCUGAGCGAGCUGGGGCCUGUGUCCCAGCAGCCAUGGCUCCUGAGCUUGAUCUGCUGGACUUGCGUCUCCUCUGUGGCUGUCACAGUGUUCUGGAACCUGCUCGGGAAGGAGUCCAACUCGGUGAGCAGUCAGAGCAGAGGCGACGGCAGCAGAAACGGCGAGCGAGGAGCUUCUGAGGACACCGAGAAGCUGGUGGAGACAGCCAAUGAGGAGGAGAAGGGGGAGGGACAGCAGGAGAUGGAGGAGAGCAGCUCAGGAGCUACGCUGGGACGUCUGCUGUACUAUUGUAGAAAAGAUGGUGGACUUCUCUCUGUCGCUAUCCUCUUCCUCAUCAUCUCCGCUGUGUGUGAAGCCUUCAUACCUUACUAUUACGGGCAAGCCAUAGAUGGCAUUGUGGUUCACCAGAGCAUGAAGGGCUUUGGUAAACCUGUGAUCACACUGGCAUUGCUGGCUUUAGCCAGCUCAUUUGCAAUGGGAGUACGUGGAGGAGUCUUCACGCUAACGUUUGCGAGGCUAAACGUACGGCUAAGGAAUAACCUCUUCAGAAAUCUGAUGAGGCAGGAAAUAGCCUUUUUCGAUGAAAACCAUACAGGUGACAUCAUCUCACGUCUGUCGGCGGACACCACCCAAGUGAGUGACCUCAUCUCCCAGAACAUCAACAUCUUCCUGAGGAGCACCAUCAAGGGCGUCGGCUUCUUCAUCUUCAUGUUCGGGAUGUGCUGGAAGCUGACGCUGGUGACCAUCAUGGGAUUCCCUUUCAUCGCCCUCGUCUCCAAACUUUACGGCGAGUACUACAAGAAACUGACCAAGGAGGUGCAAACAACCCUCGCGGAAGCCAAUAAAGUUGCGGAAGAAACCAUUUCAGCCAUGAGGACGGUGCGAAGCUUUGCCAACGAGAACGGGGAGGCCGAGUCCUACUACGAGAAGCUCUUAGUCAUGUUCCAGCUCAACAAAAAACAAGCCCUGGCCUAUGCUUGCUACAUGUGUUCCAGUUCUAUCUCGGAGCUCGCUCUAGAGGUGUCGAUCCUCUACUACGGCGGUUACCUCGUGAUUAGUGGUCAGAUGACUAGCGGUACCUUGAUAUCUUUUUUCAUAUACAUGCUGGAGCUUGGAGAAUGUCUGGAGAGCAUUGCAUCAGUGUACACAGGCCUCAUGCAGGGAGUGGGAGCAGCUGAGAAGGUUUUUGAGUACCUGGACAGAAAACCUAAACAUCCAGCUGAUGGUGAAGAGGCUCCAGAGGCGUGCAACGGUGUGGUGGAAUUUAAAGACGUGACAUUUGCCUACCCUACACGCCCUGAGACUGAUAUUCUCAAGGGAGUGUCAUUCACUCUGCAGCCUGGAGAGGUGACGGCACUGGUGGGACCUUCAGGCAGUGGAAAGAGCUCCUGUGUGAGUCUAUUGGAGAACUUCUACCUUCCUCAGCAAGGCCAAGUGCUGCUGGAUGGAAAGCCUGUUCACACCUUCCAGCACGACUACCUCCACUCCAAGGUGUCUCUGGUGGGUCAGGAGCCUGUGCUGUUUGCGCGGACAAUCGAGGAGAACAUCACAUAUGGCCUGGCUGAUGUGCCCACAGAGGCUGUGCAGCAUGCCGCCACCAAGGCUAACGCUCACGACUUCAUCGCCGCCCUCCCUAAAGGCUAUGAGACAAGUGUUGGAGAGAAGGGCACCCAGCUGUCAGGGGGGCAGAAACAAAGGGUGGCCAUCGCCAGAGCUCUCAUCCGCAACCCUCGCAUUCUCAUCCUGGACGAGGCCACCAGCGCCCUGGAUGCAGAGAGCGAACACAUCGUUCAGCAGGCUCUGAACACCAUCAUACGGGAGCACACGGUGUUGGUGAUCGCUCAUCGACUGAGCACGGUGGAAAAGGCGGACAACAUCAUCGUGAUUGACAGGGGCUGUGUGGCCGAACAGGGGUCCCACAGUCAGCUGAUGGCCAGCGGGGGGCUCUACUUCAAACUGGUGCAGAGGCAGGUCCUGGGCAUCGAGACGGGGGCGGAGGUCCUCAACCCGUCCGAAAACCUCAGCUGGAAGUCCGACGGAGGACGGCGGCGGAGCAGAAAGAGCAGCAGCAGCAGCGCCAGCGAAUCAGAAUACAACGCUCGCUACUGAGAAAUGAAUGUGUGGAGAUGUGAUUGGACUGCUGGAUGCUUUUAAGGGUUUAUAGCAUUAUUAAUAUUUUUUCAUUCAAAUCAUAUAUAGCAGAUAUUUUAUGCAGAUAUCCAAAGAAUGACAGGUGUGAAGUAGAGAAGGCCCUCAAACAGAAUUGAGAGCACAGAACACUUCAAACGCACCACUGAAAUCCAGGAUCAUAGUAAAUAACAUGAAAUAAUGUUAUUAAUGACUUAACCAGAGUAUCAUUAUUAAAUUAUGAAUAUAAAGUCAAAUGUAUCAAAUCCUAUCAAAAGUGGGAGGGUAAGGGUUGUAUUUCCAGUAAGUAAAACUUGAAUGAAGGGCCAGUAUAAUCUAUGAACACUAACUGACAUAUUAGCUUUAGGAAGAGCUAAAUGUUGCCUCUGGUGUACUGUAUAAGAUUGUGGUUUGUGUAUUUAUUUAUUUUUACACUCCAGACAGAUCCGUUGUUAUUUUAAUGAAAUUUGCCUCAGGACGUAAUUUUCGCUUUCAUAUUUAUUUCACUGUGGCAGGUGUGGAAAUGCUUUAUGAUGUUUCUUUUUCAAGGCUGUUCUAUUAUAUUAUGUGUAUUAAUUCCACAUAGAAGUGGUAUACUACAAUGGAUAGACGGGUGCCUUUGUGUGUGGAAGUGAAUGCACUAAGACAUCUGUGAUCGUCUACAAUUAGGAUCAUACUGCAAUUCUGUACAAGCACUAUAAAUGAAAUACAAGCAACACUGUAAAAAUGUACUGCAUGCUGUCCUUUAUGGAUACUAACAUGCUGGAUUAAUGCCAUAUGCUGCGUUUACUGUCUUCUGGUUAUUCAGAUUUCAGCUGAUGAACAC